GCUAGCCACUCGUGGAAACUAAAAGCUGCUGUGAACGGAAAAUGUUAUAUUGGCUUAGAAGAGAAAGUGUAGCUUAGCUGUAUGUUAAGUGCAGCUUUACGGGCUUUAAAGGAGGACGCGUUGCAUAAUGUAGCCGUCUGAAGGAAGAAGACACUAUUGAUAUCGAGAUUUCUUUGAGAAAACUGACAGUAAAGAAGUGGACAGUACUAUCCUUACUCGGUCAGCUGAAGAGUUAGCUUCCCUGGCUAGCAGGCUAGCGGGACAGCCAUUGAGAGAGAGAGACCCACCACCCAAAGAAUCCAAUUAAAGCCAUUAUAUCUGAUCGGAUAGAUUGGAUAUCCAGUGUCAUAAACGCGCACAAAUCAACCAGCAGCGUGUGAACGGUGUGUACGAACUGACAGAUAUCACCAUUUACAGCCUGUUGUUUUUGCUUCAUGGCGGCAUUCUGAAAAGAGCAUCGCUGAAACAAGAGCAACGAUGUGUUAACCUGUUGGACCCAUUUCCUCUUUCACUGGAUUACUCAUACUCUCUGGAGUGCACACACGUAACCGUAAGCAUGGCUCAGGUUGCAUGCUUGAAACUGCAACCUUCACAAGCUCUUAUGUAAUACACGCCGGCAUCAGCCUUGCAACAAACGGCACACAAGGAAAUCCCAAAAGUCUCCCAGCGGACAGCUGGGCUUUGUUUGUACUUUAUACUUCGUCUCUCGUUCUCAUUUCCGCAUUUUGGGGUCGUCUGCAGCUUUGAAGUUUUUAUUUUACAGUCACUCCACUGGUUUGAAUGAGCACUCGGGAGUGCCUGGAGCGUGCUCUGUUUUAGCAUUUCCUGUGAGCUUUUGUGUUUUGAGCCACACCGUGCCUCAGAAAAUCUUUGUACUUUUUAAAAAAAAAAAAUUUAUUUCUUGUUGUAGAUGCUUCUGUUAUUGUCAGAAGAUUUAGGCAGACGCCUGGCUAGCAUUUUUGCCUACAUCCUGCUGAUUGGUUGUGAGGACAACAGCUAGACUGGUCCAUCACUGCCUUUGGCCUUUUGGCCUAGAAGCAGAAUGCUUCGACUUGGUACAGAAAGACUCAAGCAUAUCCAGCAUAGCGAAGUGCAAUACCCCACAUGUUGAACGAAAUCAAAAGAGACAUUUCUAUGUUUCAGGAGCUGGCAGAAAGAGCAACAGCUGGAAGCGAUUUCCGUGCCAUCCUCACAACACUAUCUACAUCUCUGUAAAACGCAAAAGGGGAGACACUAAAUCUGUCACUGCCCUGUUGUUUGGCUUUAUCACUUAAUGUUACCUCCUUUCUCGGUUUUGACUUACUCCUUCGUCAGGCCGACUUCUGUUUUAAAACAGGACGGAGAUUUUGAAAGCUUUUAACAAUACUCAGAGCCCAAACUUACCUUGUUUUAGUGCAAAACUUGCAUUAACUACAAAAUCCAUGUCAUAAACAUCUUAUCCUCUACCUCUUUUUAAGUUGUAAAACCAAAUGUUUUCAUUAGCACCACUCGUUUAUGGUUAUUAGAGUUCAGCCAUAUGGAACACUAAUUCAACAUUUAAGUGCUUUUUCCUCAUCGCUUUUAUGUUGCUUUUACCAAAAAAACGUUCGCCAUAUCCUUUUGUUAUUGGAUUGCUUUUUAUAGUGUAGCUUGUAGCGGUUUUAAAUGGAAAGUUAUUUUCAAAAUGACCAAAAUGGCUUUUAGAUUUUAAAGCAAAAAUUAAUUUUGAAAAGAAGCCAAGAAAAGCAUUGAACUUGUUAUCUCAGAGAAGCCACUCAUAAAAGCUUCUUCUUUUUUUUUCUUUUUCUUUUCUAUGCUGGCCUAAAAGGGUCAGGAAACACAGCUUGAUGGCUGCGUCUCUGUUCAAGCCUGAAUGCGGUGUGGAUUGUUUUAGUGGAGUGCAGAAAGCCUGAUUCGUUCACUUGUUGUUUUAAGUUUUUUAAUUCAUUGCUCAUUUCAUUUGAAUCUUUCAGCUGUAACUAUGCAGACAAUCUGUAAUUUCUAUAUCUUGAGUCGAGGAGGAGAAGGACUGCUACUCCUCCCAUAGUCUAUCCCGUUUCCUAAACGCACGCACACACACACACGCACACACACACACACACAGGCGCACACACGCACCUUCAGAAGGGUGGUUUCUCAGUGACGGCUCCUCCUGGUGUGCCCUGGGUAAUGCCGAGUAGCAGUAAGAGUGGGGGUUUGUCUGACCCCGCCUCCCCUCCCCACCCAACCGUUCCGUCCCGCCCCCUUCGGCCCAGCCGCUACGUUCCGGUGUCUGCAGCAACAGCCUUCCUUGUGGGAGCAACUACGCUCUUCUUCUGUUUCACGUGCCCAUGGCUUUCGGAGAAUUUUUCAGUCGCCAUACCAAUAUACAAUGGAAUCAUCUUCCUUUUUGUGUUGGCCAACUUCUGUAUGGCCACCUUCAUGGACCCAGGCAUCUUCCCAAGAGCUGAGGAAGAUGAGGAUAAGGAGGACGAUUUCCGAGCGCCGCUCUAUAAGACGGUGGAGAUUCGGGGAAUACAGGUGCGCAUGAAGUGGUGUUCAACGUGCCGGUUCUACCGACCACCUCGAUGUUCACAUUGCUCAGUGUGUGACAACUGUGUGGAGGAUUUUGAUCACCACUGUCCGUGGGUGAACAACUGUAUAGGCAGGAGGAACUACCGCUACUUCUUCCUGUUCCUGCUCUCUCUGACAACUCACAUCAUGGGCGUCUUCGGUUUUGGGCUGCUCUUCAUCCUGUACCACACACAGCAGCUUGACCGAGUACAUUCAGCUGUCACAAUGGGUGUUAUGUGUGUAGCAGGACUUUUCUUCAUCCCAGUAGCAGGCCUUACUGGUUUCCAUAUUGUACUGGUAGCGAGAGGCAGAACCACUAACGAGCAGGUAACGGGAAAAUUCAGAGGAGGCGUGAACCCCUUCACUAAUGGCUGUUGGAGAAAUGUGACUCGUGUUCUCUGCAGCUCCCAGGCACCCAGGUAUGUGGGCAGGAAGAGAAAGGCACAGACGGUGCCAGUUCAGCCCCCGUUCUUGAGGCCACAAUUCUCCGAGGCACAGCUGGCAGCCAAGGUGCUGGACAAUGGUAUCCAUGGAGAUUUACACCGGUCUAAGAGUAGUUUAGAGAUGAUUGAGAGUCAGUCUGCUGAUGCUGAGCCGCCGCCUCCUCCUAAACCCGAGCUUAGAUACCCUGGCCUGUCGAGAGGACCCGCUGAAGAGAGCAGCCUGUUAAAUAAAGCUCCACCAACUCCCACCAUGUACAAAUACCGACCUACAUACAGCAGCCCGGGGAAGAACCACACCGCUCUGACACACGCCUAUGCCAACCAGAUGAGUCGUGGGGACAGUCUGAAGGAGUCGUCCUCCUCUCUCCUCCAGUCCAGUCAGCAGCCGGGUUUCCGCUCUGAGCCCAGUCUGGAUGGCCGUGAUGGAGGAGGAGAAGAGCGUGUGGGUGCUGAGCGACCCUCCGGAGGCCAAGGGGCACCACCAGCCCCUGGAAUCUCUGCCUAUUCUUUCGGGGGGUGCUCUUAUCCCUCCUUCUCCGACCCCACUGUGCUCUCCGGGGGCGCUUCUCGCUCCUCCAGCGUACGCUCCACCUCCCACAAUGCACCACCCUCUGAGGCCUCCAGCUACAAGAGCUCAGCCAAUCAGACGCCUCCGCCCCGCAAUGGCAGCUUGUCCUAUGACAGCCUUCUUACACCUUCUGAAAGCCAGAAUUUCGAAUCAACAUCCCCCAACCCCCCGCUUGGCUACACCUCCCCUUUUCUGUCUGCACAGAUCGCCCAGCAGCGAGAGGAGGAGCUUCACCAGCCCUCCUCUUCCAGCUCUGCCCUGCUUGCUUCACCUCACCGUGGCACCGCCUACCUGCGUGGCCCCGCCUCCCCUCCGUCACUACCUGACCGAGAACGUGAAAGGCUGUUUCAUGAUGCACAACCUCGCCAGCACCAUCACCACCACCACCACCACCAUCAUCACCACCAGCAGCAGCAGCAUCGGCCGCCUCGCUUUUCCCGCCCUCCGCUCUUGUCUGAUUCAGGGCUGCCAAGGCCCUCUAACCCAUACCGCACACGCUCCACAGAUGCUCCACUGCCCCCCUCUACCCACCCUCCACGUGCAAGUCACCCGCCUUUAGGCAAGUCUCUGUCUUACUCGAGCGCCGCAGCCGCUGAAAUGCAGUAUCGCCUUGUGCGUAAAGCCUCCGCCUCCACCUCGACUGGGGCAGGGGGCAUCCAGGCGCCCAAGGACGAGAUUCAGAUGAAAUCUUAUAUUCGGACAAAUGGGCAGCCUAAAUCGCCUCUUCCUCAGUCUCCUUCUUCGACCGCCUCUUCCCCCUCUCAUCCAGUCAGUGUCUCUACACGACCAGGACAAGCCUAUCCCAGUGUUGGCUCUUCUCAGAGCCCCGUCAACAAGCCUGGAGGUGGGGUGAAGAAGGUGACGGGUGUCGGAGGGACCACUUAUGAGAUAUCGGUUUGAGUGGGCAGCUGUUUGACCAGUCCCGUGUCAACAGCUGAGCCAUGGACCUAGCUGCCUCCUCUACUCGCUCAGUCAGGGUAGAGAUUCACUACACUGUUGGAAAUGUGUCGAACACAAAAGGACAUUUAUUUAAAAAGUUGGAGUGAAAGAAGGGCUCCAGACCUGUGCUUUACUUUUAUACAUGGGAAAAGUUUGAGAAAGCUGACCUGCUGAUGUUUGGUCGGAUAAGACACUGCGGAGGAGGGGGAGGAGAGUUGCUUAUAGAAUUCCUGGACUUCCUGACUUGCCAUUAAUGAGGAGGUGUGACACUCAACUUUGGCAGAUGACUGGACUGCCUUGAAAAAUCUAAUUAAGACAAAGGUUGCUUUAUGUCCGUUGUGUAAAUCAUAAAUUGUAUGUUAUGUAUAGAGAAAAAAAAUUACAUUUUCCCCCAGGGGUUUUCUCCAAAUGGUUGGACUUAACGGCAUAUUGUUGCCAUUUUGGACCACUGUGAUUGGCUCAUGACCAUUCUACUCCGGUUCAUUAACCAAUCAGAAGCGGAGAAGUAAUAGUGGGUAAUGAAAUGGUCUAAAUUGUUGUUCAUUGAGAUGAUCCUUUUCAAGAGAGUGUUUUCGAGCAAUGGCCUUGGAAAUCAAUGAGAAACGUUUUUAUUUAAUUUUUCAGUCUUAUUUUAUAUGAAUUUAUAAAUAGCUAUUGAUAUGAUCAAGCAUUUCAGGUGUGAUUGAGUAGCACAGGUUUAAGACAGUUUCUGUGAUCCACACGUUAAGGAUUAAGAUCAGAGAAUCUCACUGAAACAUGCUUUACUCGAAUGCACCCUUUUGUUUUUGUUUUUUACUAGUGCUGAUGAGAUUUGUAUCCAGUUUGGGUUUUUAACCAAUCAAGUGGGUGGGAAGGGAGACUCGUUUAAUUUUGAAUGACUGUUGCUAAGACCACUCUGUGGCUGAGUCUGUCUCCAGAUUAAGACAAGCCUCAGAGUCAGCCAGGUGAAUCCUAUGUAACGUAACACUCAGCCCAUGAAAUGUAGCAUCUGAAUACACAUGACACACAGGUAAGCACAUUUUGUGGGAUAUAUUUUCAGAGUUACCUUGUAAAGUCUGUCUGUGAGAUAAUGUCUGCUUUGGUUUAUCAAUUCCUGUUGAAGAGACUCUCUCAAAUGCCCUUGUCUAGCUGAGCAGGUAGAGAAUUUCGGUGGCCGGAGAGGUGGGAAACCAGUGCACUUGGAUUGAAUAAUGGUUGAACCAGUCAGUAAGUGACUGCUGUAGUUAUGAAUUAUAAAAUGCCUUUUUUAAUUUAAUUUUUACUUUUAAAAAAAGAAACAAAAAAUGUUGUGGAUAUUUUGCAAGCUUUGUGUUUCAGUGAUUCCUCAAAUUGUUGGCGGCUUUGGAUUGAAAUGUAGAUCAUGUUUGUCCAAUCAGGUGGAUAAGAGUUUUGACAGCCGCUUCAGCAGCUAGUCAAUUCCAUAUGAGAAUAAAAAGAAAAACAGGAAAUAUAAUUAAGAAGGAAAAUGUGUACUGUAUAGCUGUGUGUGAGUGAAUGUGAGUCUGUGGGUGAGUGUGAUUGAGCAUUGUUAAUAAACACUUUAUAAAGUA